GCGUUGUAACAGAGGGCGGAGGCUGCAGAGUGUGGAAGUAGUCUUUAUUUCCGCCUCUUCCACCCCAACCCGAUCGAUUGUAUUCAAUUCUCUAGUUUUAUUUUGUGUAUAUUUAAAACGUGCUUCUUGAAUGUUACUUUUAAGUACACCCGGACGAUGGUCGUCUUGUUCGGGGCCACAUUAUUCGCUUGUUAUGACCCACACUUGAAGUUUCUCCGUACGAAGACUGGUUCCUUUUGUUUCCUCGGGUGGACUGAAAACGGAAAAGCAGAGAUGCCGAACUGAUGGCUUUGAGCGAAGCGGAGAAACAGAACGCACAUUCCGCUUUGCUUCGGGGAAGAGGUAGCUGUGCCUGCCUGGCAAACUGGCCUUCCUUGGAGGUGCCAUGAAAUGUCUUGGAUUCUUAGAUGGCGAGCGGCUUGCCUUCCUCCUCGAUGAAGCAGUUGCUAAGGAGGCCAGGCUUUGGAAAGUGCCUCUUUUCAAGACCUGCGACAAUCAGGGCGCAACUAUCACUCCAUUGCAACGUGAAAAUGUAGUUCUGUGGCUCAGGGACUUGUGCUCAAAGUUUGGUUAUUACCCUGAGACAUUUUUUCUUGCCGUUAGUAUUCUUGACCGACUCUUGGCAUCUGUCAAGGCACAACCAAAGUAUCUACGUUGCAUUGCCAUUUCCAGCUUGUUCGUUGCAGCCAAAAUCAGUGAGGAAGAUGAGGUCACACUUUUGGUAAAGGACCUCGCAGUGAUGAGUGGUAGUGGCUGUUCUGCUAGUGAGAUUCUAAGGAUGGAAAAGAUCAUACUGGAUAAGCUGCAAUGGGACCUUUACACUGCCACACCUGCAGACUUCGUGAACAUAUUCCACGCCAUGGUGAUGUCCAGCCGGCCCCAUCUCCUCGACCAAUGGCCUCAGAUGAAGCCCUCUCUCCACGCCGCACUCUUGACCAGGCAGUUACAGCACUGCAUGGCUUGCCACCAGUUACUACAGUUCAGAGGUUCCACGCUUGCCUUAGCGAUCAUCAGCUUGGAAGUAGAAAGAUUAAUUCCUGAUUGGUUCAUUGUGACAACUGAUCUGCUAAAAAAAGCACAGAUUCACAGCAUGGACUUUGUCUACUGUAAAAAUAUUUUGGCAAAACAUGUAUUGUCUCAAACAGCAGUCUCUGCUUCCAAUAUCGUUUACGUAUUUGAUCCUGUGAAUUCAGACCUUGUGAGGCAUCAAAGGGGAAGGAUGCUUUGCACUCGUUCUCGGGAAUAUGACCCACACUCUCGAUCAUCCACUAGAGAAGAGCUGUGGUCAGGUCAGGCAGCCACAAUCCACAACAGAGUGGCUCCAGUGAAAACAAGUGAGCAAGUUGCAGUGGAAAUCAAUGGCAAAGGUAUUGACUCGGGUCCAGCUGCACGACAGUUAGCAGAAAACCUUUCUCCUUGCCCACCACUACAACCCAUCAAGGAUGUGUAAGAAUUCCAAGUAGGAGGAGUUAAACAAAUUAAAAUGAAAAAAGCAAAAGUUGCAUUAGAACUAGAUAUGUGACCAAGUUAAACACAAUUAAGAUCCUAUUUAAAUCUAGAUCAGUAGUUUCAGGUUUAAAUGCAAGGGUAAAUUGAAUACCCUAGUCAAGAAGCUAUGUUAAAUAGGGAGUAUUGCAUUUCAAAUUUGGUAAAAACAUCUUUUCACGUUACCACUGGUCCACAAUAACAAAAUAUCACCUUCCUCCAGUAUGAAAAUAUUGUAAUUGCAUCGUUUCUUCUUUCCAAACUCACUCAGUCAAGUUUGUAUUUCUUACCCUGACCUCUUUCACAUGCAAUGACUGGUGCUUAAAAGCUUAUUGGAGGGAUACAGCCAACUAUUAGUACAUGCUUCUUUCAAAGACAUGACCACUGUGUUCAAGCCUACAUGGUGAUUGGUGUUAAAUUAUUAGGCUGGAUUUUACUUGCCCUUUCCGGUAGUGUUUUCAGAGGGGAGUCUAAAAUAGGUUAGGUGGCUAGCCCACACUUACUGGCUCACCCUGAGCUCACGAUCAUAAGGUGUGAGAGUUCUGAAAUUAGCAUCUUUAAGUAAACAAUUUAUUAGCAAGCCUAGUGACCUGAAUAGUGUGCCCGUCCACACUAAAAUAUGGUUGGCAUGAGCAGUCGGCUAGGAGUGGGCAGGCUGUUUCAGCCUACCUUUGGUUGAAGUGGAAAGGAAAGAUGGGAAGCCUCAAUUAGGGGCAUUUCCUAUGUGCAUUAGGGCCAUUCUCCACUUCCUUCCUUGCCCCUUUACCUAACAGAACUCAGCUGUUCAUGUGUUCCUCCCCAAACUUUUCUAGGUUCUAGGAUCCCCCUCUGCCCUAAAAUCCUGGGAUGUACCUUCUUGGGUACUUUCUGCAUUAGUGCCAGUGCCCACUAGCAAGCUCUGGUGCAGUCAGGAAUGAGGGAGUUGCCAGCCAUUCAGACUAACAGUCCUAAGAGUGGGAAUCUUCCCAGCAAGGGGCAAGACCAGUUUGGGUCACCUAUGCCAUUUUAUGUCUGCAGGGAGGACUUGCAGAGAGUGUCAGCUUCUAUCUGAUUUUCUUUCUCAGGAAGCCUGUCCUGUCCUUGCCUUAUUCUCCCCAUUUGCCUUUCAGAAUUUCUUGAAUAGCAGCUUUUAUCAUUUUCCUCCCACAGUGUUUGUCCUUUUCACAAGAACUUUACAUUAAUUGGUAUACCCCAGGGUGGAGGAGGCAUGUGGGUUUUAUUGUUGCCACAGUACUUAAAGUCCAUGAGUGUGUUAUUUGCCUCCUGCCAUGAUAGACCAAAUUGUUUCUGCAUUUCACAGAUAACUAAUGCAUGUACUUUAAUAUUGCAAUUAAGAGUUUCCAAAUUCCUAGGGGAGGCAAUGGCCUAGUGGUAUUAUUGCUAGGCUUUUAAUCCAGAAACCCAGCCAAUGUUCUGGUGACUUGGGUGGAACUGAAUUCAAUUUAAUAAAAAAAAAAUUUGAAUUAAGAAUCUGCUGAUGACUAUGAAACCAUUUGCUGAUUAGUGAGCCAAUAGGCUUUUCCAACAAUGUCCCUGGGGGAAGGAAAUCUGCCAUCCUCACCUGGUCUGGCCUACAUGUGACUCCAGAGCCACAACAGUGGGGUUGAAUCUCAACUGCCCUCUGAAAUGGCCUGGCAAGCCACUCAGUUCAAGGGUAGCUAGGACUGGGCAAUAAAUGUGUCUAGCUAGUGAUGCCCACAUCCCAUGAGUAAAUAAAUUUUGGAUGAAGUGAUUCAGGCAUAAAUUGCACGAGUUUUGAGUUUUUUGAACUCCAGGUUCUGCUCAAAACGAUUUAAUAUGAGCCUAAAUUCUGCAGUGAACUAGCACAAUUGGUCAACCUUUUAGAACCUAAUGCUUUUAAAGACAUUUGCACGAUAAGAUACUCAUUGAUGUAACAACCUAGUGCAAUUGUAUUCAUUCAGCAGUAAAUUUGAAAGAUUUAAAAAUCUUUGUCCUUGCCCUAAUAAAGAAUUAUUUGAAGAGUUUCAAACAUCUAUAAAUGAGUGGCAUUCGUGGAAAUGCUGAAUUGUGAUUAACUUGAUCUUCACAAUUAGUAAGUUUAGUGGGUGGAACUGGCUUGGAGCUCAAAGGUUUUUAAAUUAGUGCAAAGAUCUUGGAAACUGACCUUUCACUUAAUGUAACUCACAUUCAGAAUUCUUUGAUCUUUUGUACUUUUUGGUCCAUUGUAGGUGAAUUGCAAUGGAAGAAAUGACACCACCUAGUGGAAACUGCUGGCCACUGUGCAGAGAAAAUGCUUCUUUUUUUUUUACGCAUUAAAGCAUAUUUUUUUCCUUUUGGCAGCAUCAUCUUAAGGUCACAGGAAAAUGUGAUAUGGAGGUGCCGGUGUUGGACUGGGUUGGACAAGGUCAGAAAUCACAUGACACCAGGUUAUAGUCCAACAGAUUUAUUUGAAAACACAAGCUUUCGGAGCCUUACCUCUUCCUUCAGGUGUUAGUGAGAGAGGUAGUAUCAGACACAAAAUUUAUAAGCAAAACAUCAAAGUCACACCACUGAUGAGGAUGUACUAAACAAACCUAAGAUGCUAUUAAAUCUUUAAUCAGUCAGAAGGUUUUAAUUGAUUAAAUGUACAUGUAAAGAAGUGGUGACAUUUUAGGUCAGACAAUGCAUGUUAAGUGUGAGGCCUUGUUUAGAAUCUGUUUGUGUUUUGGUUUGGAGUCAGACUGGUUUUAUUUCAAAAGUAGACAUGUGUGUGUGUUUGGAGCGGGGGUGGUGGUAGGCGGGGGUGUAGAAGGAGAGAAAGGGAGUGUGUACGUGCAUGUGUGGGAAAAUGGGCACUGACCAAUGUGUGCUCAUACAUAGAAAUACUUAUAAAACACCAUGUUGCAACAUCCAACUGAUCCUUAAAUGUCUGCAUGAUAGCUUUUUCAUUCUUCUAUCCUGUUAAGAGCCUCAUUACAUUCAUCAAUCACAGGUUUUUUGAACUUUUGACCUAUGGCCUAAAUUUGUCUCUGUGCCUUAAAGCUAUUUCUUUUUGCUCUAAUCACUCCAUUAACUUUUGGAAAAAUUAUGCAACUGUAAACCAACUUCCAAAGCUGAAAAUCCUAUGUUUCUUCAAAUUUCCUCUCAAGCCGAAUCCCCUGGCACUCAGACUAGCCCUGAGUUUGAUUGUGCUAACAGUUUUUAACUAGCUCCCCUGCUGUCUCAGUGGCCCGAACUAGACAUUGUACUCCAGGUGUGGUCUGACCAGAGUGCCGCACAACUUGAUAAUUACUUCCUCUUAGCUAGAACAAUGGAAUACAGCUAUACAGGUUUGCGUAUUAUUGACCUGCCAAGACCCUAGGUUUUUUUUUUCUUCCUAGCUAUUUUAACAGCAAUAACACCAGAAACAAUUCCAUUUACUUGAUGUGCACAUCACAUUUGUGCAGGUACUUUUUAAAUGGUCUCUCUGAUAUACACAUCGUAUCUGUAAAAGUACAUAGUGGAUUACAAUGUAGCAAAUAAUUCAUAGGUCAAUGUUUGCACAUCUUAUGGGGGGUUCCCAGAAACACUUGGUAGUUACUUGGAAAAUUUCAAGUCUAAAUCUGCUAGAUUCUGUGGUUAAAAUGUACUAAAUAUGAUUUUUAUAUAAAAGUUUAUGUAGUGACAUGAAGUGCAAAAUCUAAUUUGUGACGUGAACUUUUUGUUUUGGAGAGAGAGUACAGUGUUACCUUAUUUCAGUUGUAGUGAGAAAUAGCUAAAGGUAAUGACAGUAUGGGAGAAAGACAUACGGUCACUAUUUAAUCCAAUUGCAUCAAUAGUCCGGAACAUCAUGAAAUUUAGAUUUGACUAUGAUUUCCAUUCACUGGACUUCUCCUAAAGUCAUCUGUUAAAGAAAGGACUUUGAAAACUUCUGCAAUUUGUACCAUUUGCAAUUGAUUUUCUCCUACAUUUUAAAUUAUCAUGGAAUUCUGAAAAAGUGUUCACAACUUAUUAAAUGAGUUGGAUGCUCUUAUUAAAAAGACAAAAUUGCUACUUCUGUUUAGUGACCAGUCUGAAAGAAUCUGCAGUAUUUAUGAUAUUACUUUUAUGAAAUGUAUUUGCCCGAUUCCUGUAACAGUUGAGCAGUUACACCAUAUAUAGCAAGGUAGUAACAUUUAUACAAAAUAUUACAAAACUUGCAUCUUCAUAUACCUCCCAUUUUCUCAUUAGGCAUUCCUAUAUGCAUAGCCAUAAAGGGAUGUCUCUAAGGGCUGGGUAAACACAAUCUUUAAGAUUCUCAAUCCAUGCUCCAAUAGAAACUGAAUUUCUGAAAUUAUGUAUUUUUGUAUUUGGGUACAAAUAAAAGCUGGGACAAAAAUAGAUGUGGAAAAAUAUAUGGCUUCAGCAUAGCAACUGAAUAAUGUGCCCUGGUCCAGUGACUCACCUAAAGUCUAAACUUGGGCCCAAUUUGUUGCGCAGAGUAACAUGAGAGAUCAGCUAUUUAAUUUUUACUAAAAUCUAAGAAUUAUAAGCUUACUAAAACUGCUGAAAUGCUUUUGGAGGCCUUUAGUUACUGUAAAUCUGACAUGUUACAGCAUUUGCCAGAUGACAAUCUUUCACAGUGUAAUUACUGCAUAGUUAGGGAAACGCAUUCUCUACAGACUGCAAGAAAUUAAUUUGCCCAGUGUAUCAUCUAACAUUUGAGAGGCUGAUGCAACCCAAGCAGCUAAAUUGUUUCUAAAAAUCUGUUGUAGGUAUGCAUUUAGUUGCUUGAUUAGUGAUGGAGAGGUAUGUGUGGGGCAGGGAGUGCGUGCAAUAUUCAGAAUGUGGGGAAGAAGAGUAACUUACUUGUUUUAAAGGCAGCUAAUAAAAAUUCCUACCACAGACAACGUUACAUCAAGUUCAUUGUAACCUAACUAUAUUUUCAGAAGGACAAUCCUGGUAUGGGUUGCUCUGAGGGUUUGAUUGUGAAACCUGUCUGAAUUGUGAAGCAAAAUCUCAUUAUAUUUAGCUGGCAUUUAAUUGGAUAAAUAUUUUUUAAUUGUGGUGGGAGAAAGAUUAUUCAAAAAUAUAAGCUUAGCAUGCUUAAAUACUGUGAUUAUUAUUGGUGCUAUUUAAGCAGAAUAAUAUUUUGUACUCUUGGAAAAAAUACUCUGCACUAGUACCAUUAGAGGUACGAGACUCAACACUCUGUGUUAGUUGAUGGAAUAUUCCAUUUGCUAUUCAUAUGUAUUUUCAAAGUUAUGUAAAUACCGUGCAGUUGAUACUGAGCAAGAUACUGGAAGCCACCCUGUCUCAUGCUGAGCCUAGGACUGUCCCUGUGGAACUUUUCUGUUUAAUUUGUACAAGUAUGAGGAGGCUGAUCAAAAGCAAGAAAAUAAAAUUUCAAUAUUUUGAGCAA